CCCAGGGUGCCUCUAGGGUGCUGCUGAGGAUUCACUGUAGGACGAACUAAGGGAGCAAAGGGAAGGCAUGGAGCGGUUUUUGCUCGCCCAUGGCUACCAGCUGGGCAGGACCAUUGGUGAGGGGAUGUACUCCAAAGUGAAGGAGGCAUUUUCCCAAAAGCACCGCAAGAAAGUGGCCAUUAAAAUAAUUGAUAAGAAGGGAAGGCCAGAAGAGUUUAUCCACAAAUUCCUGCCCCGGGAGCUCCAGAUCAUCACCCGCUUGGAGCACAGGAACAUCAUCCGCACGCACGAGGUGCUGGAGUGGGCGGAAGGGAAGCUGUGCAUGGUGAUGGAGCUGGCGGAGGACGGGGAUCUCUUUGACUACCUGGUGCGGGAGGGGCCCCUGCCCGAGCCCCGCGCCAGGGCGCUCUUCCUGCAGCUGGUGGAGGCGAUCCGGUACUGCCACGAGCGCGGCGUGGUCCAUCGCGACCUCAAGUGUGAGAACACGCUGCUGCACGGCCCCACCUUGAAGCUGACGGACUUCGGCUUCGCCAAGCUGCUGCCCUGGCAGCGGCAGGAGCUGAGCUGGACCUUCUGCGGCAGCACGGCCUACACGGCGCCCGAGGUGCUGCAGGGGCUCCCGCACGACAGCCGCAAGGGUGAUGUGUGGAGCGCGGGGGUCAUCCUCUACGCCCUGCUCUGCGCCCGCCUGCCCUUCAACGACGCCGACAUCCCCCGCAUGCUGCACCAGCAGCAGAAGGGAGUCUCGGUCCCCGCGCGCCUCGGCAUCUCCAAGGAGGGGCAGAACCUCCUCAGGAUGCUCCUGGAACCGGACAUGGUGCGGAGGCCGUUCAUUGAGGCCGUGCGCAGGCACCCCUGGCUCACCAACCCCUGA